CUCGACCGGGCAUACGCCGCCGCCGGCGGUGAGCGCGCUAGGUGGCGCCGUUCAGGGAUCCAGCACAGAAAUGAUCUGUACGAGCAAGUUGGCGCACUCAAAUGACCAGCGAUCAUGGUCGGAUCUCCCAACAGAGCUUGUAGGCCAUGUCCUCGGCUGUCUCCCUGCGCACAUUGAUCGCAUCCGGUUUGCUGCUGUGUGCCACCAUUGGUGCAUUUCUGCAAGGCACUCUGGCAUUCCCCCACCUUUGCCAUGGCUUGUGCUUUCCGAUGGGGCUGCCUUCACCUUGCCCCGCGGUGAAUCCUUCCAGAUCCCCAACAGUACUGUCUUCCACAGCUGCUCGGGUGAGUGGCUUGUCUUCUCGACUCAGAAAACCUGCUCCUUAGUCAACACCUUCUCCAAGGACAACUUGAAGCUUCCCGACCUGCAUUGUUUCAAUCUCAUCGACGAGCCUCAUCAAGUAAUUAAUGGCCAUGAGAUACCCAACACAGUGCUCAAUACCGAGGCAGAUAUACUAAUAUGGAAGAUAGUCGUUUGCUCCGAAGUUCUUGUUGCAGCCAUGGUUAGAGUUGGGUACCUCUAUACGCUUGCGUUCUGCCGUCCAGGUGCUAAAUCAUGGUUUGUAAGUGCACUCGGAAGGAUCAUCUCAGUUGCAGAUAUGAUGUUCUAUGGAGGUAAGCUGUACACCGUUGAUGACGAGGGUGACCUUUGUUCUAUCAUUGUUGAAGAGGACAUUGACAGUGGAAAGCUGAGACUGUAUCGGAUUGAACGUGUUGUCACUGAGGCUCCAUUCUUUUUCCCACCUUGGCCUUUCAGUGGCGCAAUUGGGACACAAAACUACCUGGUUGAGUCUUGCGGUGCCCUACUGCUUGUCCGCAGAAGGACCUUUGAACAGCGAUUUGGGGAUGUCCUGGAUAUUACAAUCAAGGUAGUGCGGAUUGAAUUUGAGGUGCUCGAGGCAAACUUCAAAUUGGCUAAGUGGGUGAAGGUGACGAGCGUGGGGGACGAUCAGGUGCUGUUUGUGGGUAGAAGCUCCCAAUCUAUCUGCGUUUCUCGGUACAGACAAAAGGGGAAUUGUAUCUUCUUCCUGGAGGAUAUUGAAGGGUGGAACUUUGAGGAUGCACCAAGCUCUUACGCAAUCUAUGACAUGAAGGAUGGGACGUUAGACUCACCGCUUCCCAGAGGAUCGUGCAAGGGCAAGAAGCCGCCAGCAACUUGGCUCUUCCCUAGAUAACUGUUAUUUUCAUAUGCUGGGUGCACUACAUUGUGUUCAUAUCGUGUCAAGUGUUGUAAGUUUGGAAGAAUUGUGUUGUUUGGAUAAGUAAUGUGUUUGCUUUGUGUCAAGUGUUGUAAUUUAAGUUGCUACUGAAACCAAUAGUUCUUCUUCUAAAUUUGUCUGGUCUCCAGGUAGAUGGU